AUGAGCCACCUCUCACAACACCAACUGCACCCAAACCAUAUCAUUCAGGCAGUAGAGGACCUCUACAACAACAUCAACUGCCCAACUCUCCUCAAACCCACACUGGCCCCGGCACCAGUGCUCAUACUGCCUUCCACACCAUUGAACUUGGACAACAUCAUUGCUAUGAUUACCAAGCUCAACCACAAGAUAGACACAAUGGAGCAACGCCCCCCGGCACCAAAGGUGGCCCUCCCUGCAUUGUAUGCACAGAAGGCAGGCUGCAAGGCGGAUGCUGCCACCCCCACUCAGACUCAGACCCAAUGCUCAACCAAAUUGGACAGCCCAGCGGCCAAGAACAUCUGCAACAAGGUGCUCAUCUCUGCCAUCAACAAGUCCCUCAAGGAAGACGGAGUCAAGGUCAGGGCCAUUGGCCUGCAAUGGAAUGGGAAGGGAAAUUACAUUGUCAUUGUCCACCCCAGCUUUACCACAGAAGACCUCCUCAGCAUCCUCACUGACAAACACAACUUUGAGGCUUCACCCAAUGUGGAGUAG